AUGGACGAUGUAAUCCCAGUUGUGGUUAUAGACAAUGGAUCAGGAUAUAUUAAGGCAGGCAUAUCAGGAGAUGAUGCUCCAAGAGCAACUAUUUAGACAGUUUUGGGAAAGUAUACUUUAAUUCUAAUUUAUUUUAAUAGACCUAAGUAGCCUGGUUAAAUGGUAGGUAUGGAUCAGAAGGAUACCUAUAUUGGAGAUGAAGUCAAUUCGAAAUUAGAGUAUUUUAAAUUCGAUAUAUUUUAGAGUUUUGAAUGUAACUUACCCUAUUGAUCAUGGAAUUAUUACUCGUUGGGAUGAUAUGGAAAAGAUUUGGCAUCAUGCUUAUUACAAUGGUAUUUAAAUCCAUUAAAUUAGAAUUGAGAGUUUCUCCUCAAGAUCAUCCUGUUUUAAUGUCAGAACCACCUCUCAAUCCAGCAGCUAAUAGAGAAAAAAUGAUUGAAAUAAUGUUUGAAAAGUUCAAUGUUCCAUCUUUCUAUUUGGCAAUUCAAUAAGUUUUAGCAUUAUGUGCAUCUGGUAAAACAACUGGUUUAGUUGUGGAUUCUGGAGAUGCUGUUACAGAAACAGUACCUAUUUAUGAAGGUUUUGCAUUAUCUCAUGCUGUAAUGAAGAUUCAUCUUGCUGGAAGAGAUUUAACUGAUUAUUUAAUAAAGUUGAUGUCUGAAUAAGGCAAAGAAUUCUCAAAUUAAAAAGAAACUGAAAGAGAAAAUGCCAAAGACACAAAGGAAAAAAAAGUAUAAAAUAUAUAUAUAUUGUAGUGCUAUAUUGUUGGAGAUUUUGAGGCUGAAAUGAAAGUCUACUAAGAUUCUGGAAAAGAAAUAGUUCAUAGAAUGCCUGAUGGAAAUGAUAUCACUUUGGGGAGUUAAUUAUUCAAAUGUCCUGAAGCUUUAUUUUAACCAAUUAAGUUAAGCAAAGAAUUUUAAGGUAUUCAUGAACUUACAUUCUAAUCAAUAAUGAAAUGUGAUGUUGACAUUAAAAAAGUAAUUGUUAAUAUUUAUUAAUAGGAUCUAUAUGGAAACAUUGUUUUAGCUGGAGGUAGUACUAUGUUUAAAGGAAUGAAGGAUAGAUUAUAAAAAGAAGUCAUUGCCUUAGCUCCUUCUACAAUGAAAAUUUAUGUAUAAGAACCUCCAGAAAGAAAAUACUCAGUUUGGAUGGGUGGUAGUAUUUUGGCUUCCUUAAGUUAAUUUUAACCUAUGUUUAUUACUAAAAAUGAGUAUCAAGAUUAUGGCACAGGUUAUGUGCACAGAAAAUGCUUCUGA